AAGACCCUAAAAAUCGUUUGUUUUUCUUCAUACACCACCGUUUUGUUCUUAUUCCAGAAAUUCUGAAAUUAGGGUUUAAGGAUUUUUGCUUUCGUAUCGGAAAUGGCAACCGCGGCGGCACCGAGUACGGCAGCUACUACAGAAAAGAAGAAGCCGGUUUUUGUGAAAGUGGAUAGCUUAAAGCCAGGUACACAUGGACACAACUUGAUGGUUAAGGUUGUUCAAUCGAAUACCGUCAAAGGCACUGGCGGCGCCGGCCGAGGUGGCAGAUCAUCGGGGUCGCUGAAUUCCCGUGGUCCAGCUCGUCUCGCCGAGUGCCUUGUCGGUGAUGAUACCGGUUCCAUCCUCUUCACUGCCCGUAAUGAACAGGUUGAUAUGAUGAAGCCCGAUGCCACUGUGAUUCUCCGUAAUGCAAAGAUAGACAUGUUCAAAGGUUCAAUGCGACUUGCAGUAGACAAAUGGGGUCGUGUUGAGGUUACUGAACCAGCUGAUUUUGGUGUUAACGAGGAGAACAACCUAUCUUUGGUAGAGUAUGAGCUGGUGAACGUAGAAGAGUAGACAGCUCUUUAGAAAUGAAAAGAUUGAAGUUACAGCCAGAAAAUUGCUUCAAAUCUGAAAUUAUUGCUAUGCAUAUCUUCAAUCACAUGGAAUUAAUGAGCAAAAGUGCCAGUACUUCGUAACUCAUGAUCUGUUGUCAUCAACCUCAUAUUAUAGUGUUGCUUUCUUCACUUGGUUAUAGCGUGGGUUUUUUACUUUCCAGUCAUUUCCCGUGUUGUAACAGGUAAAAACCAGUUCCUAAGAUUGACAAUCGAUGCCUUUGUAUUUCGUAUUUUGUAUUACCAUAACCGAUGCGACCUAACACAAUGUAAAAGAAGCUGACUGUUGUGCAGCAAAACCACCACCAAAUGUAUCAAACUUCUUUUCAGUGUUUAGUAGGUACUCGUUAUAAAUGUGUAAGUUAAGUAAUUCAUUUCCAAAAUUU